ACACAAGCGGCUGCUACAUGGCGGACCGCAGCUACUCUUAUCUACUUUGCGUGAAUGUUGGUGGCCUUUAGGUGCGCGAAAUUUGGCAAGGAAGAUAGUUCGAGAAUGCGUUACCUGUAUUCGAAUGAAAGAUCCUACUGAUUUAUCCCCGCUCACGCCAGCCCAUUUCCUAAUUGGUCGGCCGUUGACCUGCCCUGCUAGCGAGGACCUGACGGACGUGCAGCCUUCCCGCCUGUCUCGCUACGCCAGGAUCGAAGCCCUACGUCAACACUUCUGGCGUCGUUGGGCCACGGAGUACGUUGCGGAGCUCCAGCGACGAACCAAGUGGAAGACGCAGAAAGACGACAUAGCGUUGAACAGUCUCGUUCUAAUCAAGGACGAUAACCUGCCUCCUCUCAAAUGGCGGUUAGGCCGAGUCACGCGUCUAUACCCUGGGAGCGAUGGCGUGAACCGUGUCGCCGACAUCCUCACGGCGACAGGAACAAUACGACGCAGCUUUUCAAAGAUCUGCCCGCUACUACCAGAGCCGGCAGACCUAGACGGAUGAAGACUACUUUGGGAGACGGUGCUCCCAAGGCCGGGGGCAUGUUCACGCACCUACUAGCGACAUCUAGCGACGCUGCGACGACAACUGCUAUACCGCCCCUCUCCGCGCUCAUCUUGUCUCGUUCAUUCGCCUCGAUAUACGACACGAUAAACACGUUACUCUUUACAUUUAAAUUUUGAGCUGUAUAAAGCCACUUUUCGUAAUAAACGAAUUUUCUAUAUAUUUUAAUAAACGUCUUCAUUGAAUGGACCCUGGAAAACC